AUGCGGGCUGAUUUACUAGAAAUUAUUCAUGAAGAUAGUCAUGAGAUAUAUUUGACAGCCUUAAAUGAAUCAUUAAAAGAAAAAUUGACAACUUGGAUAUUGGGAUUUUUAGAUCUUAAAAGAAUUACAUGGUAUUCACAUAGAACGGUAUUAGAAAAGCUUAAGAAUUAUGAAGCAGUUCAUUCUAUAAAAGACUGGGAUGAUUUCAAGAGACGUGUUGGACCUGCAGUUCAUUCUAUAAAAGACUGGGAUGAUUUCAAGAGACGUGUUGGACCUGAUCGACGCUUAUUUGCAUUUUUUUUUCGUGGAAUGCCUCAUGAACCACUUGUAUUUAUAAAUGUGGCAUUAAAAAAUGAACUUUCAAAUAACAUUCAGGAAAUAUUGGAAGAACCAGAGUCAGAUCUGAUGUCAUCAUCAUAUUUUCAUGAAAUAAAACAUGCAAUAUUUUAUUCUAUCACCAGCCAACCAGGCCUGUCUGGUAUAGAAUUGGGCAAUUUUUUAAUUAAAAGAGUUGUUCGAGUAUUACAUAGUGAGUUUCCAAGUAUAGAAACCUUUUCAACAUUAAGCCCCAUACCUAGAUUUCGUAAAUGGUUAAUUACAAGAAUUAAUAUAGAAAAAAAUGGUAUAUUUAUUAAUAAUGAGGAAGGUCAAAUUAAAUUUUUAAAAGUUUCUUUGAAGCAAAAUGAUUCAUCACCAUUGAAUAUUAACAAAGAAGUGUCAGAAAAGUUUAAAGAAAUUCUUAGUACAAGAGAUUGGAUCAAUGAUGAAAAAAUUUUCUUUGUACUCAAACCAAUAUUAUUAAGGUUAUGCGCAAGAUAUAUUCUUACAGAAAAACAUAGGACUUUUGCACUUGAUCCUGUUGCCAAUUUCCAUAUACGUAAUGGUGCUUGUGUUCAUCGUUUGAAUUGGCUUGGAGAUGUUUCAGAGAAAGGACUCAAUGAAUCAUUUGGAAUGAUGAUAAAUUAUAAUUAUUUUCUUGAUUAUAUUGAAACUAACAAUCAAAAGUACAUGUCAAAAGGAACUAUCACAUUGUUAGAUGAAGAUCCUGUUUUAGUUCAAGAAGCAAAAAGAGAAAAUUCCAAUAUUCAUUUAAUUAAACCAGGAGAAAUUUGA